AUGUGGAGUUUGCUGUAUCGCCUCAUCGGGCUGUAAAGGGUUCAUAUCAUUAGUUUCCAUUAAUUACCGCACAGCUGUGAGUGAACGUCACUGUUAGCAGGUAGUGGCUAGCUUUCUGCUAGCAAGCAUUUACGCCUGGCUUGGUUUUUAAACUCACCUGCAAAAUAGUUAAGAGCGGCUGACUAACAAGCAAACGAAGGGGAGGUGGGAAGUGAAUGUGGAAGUUGUAGCCUGUACCUGAGCAUGAUACUGGGCUAACUUGACGCGCAAUAGCUAAUGUUUGGCGCAACGUAAAGUUACAGCGCGCCAAUCCGCACGGACGUUUAUUGUGAAAGAAUAAAGACACAAGGCAGCAUCAGUCUGGACAGCAUGAAGGAAGGGCAAAUUUAAAUAGAAAAAGCUGACGCUUGGGAGAGACUGAGGCUGUGCAGGUAUGAGUGACGUGGCGGAGGAAGCGAUGGACAGCUCUGCGGUGUCAGACGAAGAAGUGGCAAACCAGAAGGAGACGUCACAGGAAGACCAGUCCAGUCCGGACAAAAGCCGCUCCAAAAUAUCUGCUGGUGACAUCGUUGAGGGAAAGCGGACAAAGAAGACAGUCGAGAGGCUCGAUUUCCAGGCACCAAAGCAAAAGGAGAAGCUAAAGAUUGGAGAUGGCAGCGGAGAGAAGUUGGGUGAUAUUCCACGCAUUGGCUACCAGGUCACCAAGAUGAAGCCCGCUGACCUGAAACCCCUGCACGCCAUCCUGUUCGACAGACCAGGAAAGAUGGCCACGAUAAAGAAGAACUUGCGUCUGUUUAACGGCUUUCCCUUCGACGCUGACAGCGAACAGUACACCAAAAAACGAGAAAAACUUCUCAAGAAUUCAAAUUUUACCAACACCAAGCUGAAAGUGGUGUGCAGCGUUUUGGAUCUGGAGAAGAAAGGAACCCACUCAGAUCUGGUUGACAGGAUCCUGACUUUCCUCAUCGCGCCCAAGAACAGCGGGAAGCGUCUGCCCGUCAAGAAAAAGAAGAAAUCAAAGAAGAAACUAUCAGGUGACGACUCAACCGCCAAGACCAAGAAGAGCAAACCCAAACCCAGGAGCUCGUCGUCCAGUCCCAAGAAGUCCAAAUCAGGAAGCAAAUCCAAAGCCAUCGUCAUGGACUCGAGCAGCGACGAGGAUGACGACGAAGAAGAUGAGAAGGCGGCGGCUUCAGCCGAGGCCGAGGGAUCAGACGCAGAGGACAAACCGUCAGAGAAAGACGAGGAGCAGUCGGACAAGUCAGAGGAGUCUGCCGAUGAAGAAGAGGAGGAUGGCGACGGUGAUGAGUCUCCCAAAUCAAAGUCAGACAGAGCAAAGUCCAAGAAAUCAGCAGCAGUGAAGAGACAGAGGACACCAGCGAAGAAGACGGGUCCUCCUAAAAAGAGGCCGAAGAAGGAAGCGUCGGACAAGUCAGAAGCUGACGCCGACAGCGAAGACGAUGAGAAGCCCAGAAAAAAGAAAUCGGCUCCUGCCAAACCUGCCGCCAAAACCAAGAAGGCCGACAGCAGCAGCAACAGCAAAACCAACACAAACACGGCAGAGGACAGUUCGGACGACGACGAGCCGCUCAUCAAGAUGGUGAAGAGGGCACCGACUGACGAGCAGCUGAAGGAGACGGUGAAGAGUCUGCUGAAAGAGGCCAACCUGGAGGAGAUGACCAUGAAGCAGAUCUGCCAGAGGGUGUUUGACACGUACCCAGACCACGACCUGAGCGGCAAGAAGGACUACAUCAAACAGACGGUCAAAUCUCUCAUCACAUGAAGAAGAAGAACAAAACUUCAGCAGAAAUGACUGAAAAGCUCCUUUUCCAUUAGUUUCAUAUCAGUUUGGUUUCAUACCAAACAGUUUUAUACAUAAUUAUGUUUUUUUAUUAAUGUGUGACUUGUUUAUAGAUUGUCUGAUUCAUCGGCUUUUAUUCAUGUUCAACCUGAACAGGUCUGAAGAAUUGUCUUUCUUAGCACCAAAUCUCAUCCCAGGACUUCAGUUCUUAUUCCCUGAUUAAAACUCAUACGUGUUUUCUAAUUCAGUGAAGCUAUUUUUGAUUAACACUUUAACUCAUUAUUUCUCUGGAUUUUUGUUUGGUCCGAUUAAUUUACAUUAAAAUUGUACCUUUUUGAACAAAACUGUCUGAAUGUGGUUUGAAGUUUGUGUGCAGAAACGUGUUAGAAAAAUAAAAAUAUAUUUAUACUGAGUGAUAA